AUGUCUUGGAAGGCAGGAUUAUCACGGUAUUUGCCAGCAGUGCGAUUCUUCGCGUGUCCAAAGAGUCCUGCUUCCAAUGGAGUACGAAACUGGUACCUUGCCAACUAUGAUGAAUUGAAGCACUUGAACCCCAAUCUUCCAUUGUUGCUGCGAACUGCGGACAACGCCAUGCCUGCAGUCACUACGGAACUAGACUGGACCAUGGAUCAUUUGCUUCGAUUCAUGAUCCAAACUGGCCGAUUCCGCAAUGCCAAUGGAACCAUUGCGGACGAUCGCGUGGAAGCAGCCAAGGCCUACCUGGAAACCGAUUGGGAUGCCUUUGCCGCAUCUCGACUGGCGCACAAAGGAUUCGAUCCAGAAAGACCAAACAUUGAUGCUAUUCACCCCAAUUGGAAGGAAGAUGCUGCAAUUACUAGUAAUCUGUCCACUUAUCUAGCUAUGAAGGAAGACAUGGAUGCCCAAAUGGCAGUGAUCCAAAGUGGGGCCAACCAAGAGUACACUCGUGCCGUCAACGCCUUGUUGAUGGCCCAACGAGUCGACUUGUGGUGCGCUGGCGAGAAGGAAGUUGAGCUUGCUGUUCAACAUUUGUACAAGCUAGGAAGAUUGCUCAAUGAACGAGAAACCUUCUUCCCAACCUUUGUGAAGGACUUUUACCCAGGAGCCGAAGAUAUCUAA